AUGUUCUCUUCCAUCUCUCUCAGAUUGAUUCUAUUGCUCUGUCUCGUCUCUUCUUCCUUCUCCUCCACCGCUUCUCCCUCCAAUUCUAAUGCCACCGAUCAAACUCUCCAGCCGCAAGAAGAGCUCCAGAAGCUUAAAUUGAUUAGAACAGAGCUGAACAAGAUCAACAAGCCCGCAGUAAAAACCAUUCAGAGCUCAGAUGGAGAUACAAUAGAUUGUGUUUCUCUUCAUCAGCAGCCUGCUUUUGAUCAUCCUCUCUUACAGGGACAGAGACCAUUGGAUCCGCCUGAGAUCCCAAAAGGGUAUAGAGAAGAUGACGAAUCAUAUGAAGAAUCUCAGCUGUGGAGUUUAUCAGGAGAGACUUGUCCGGAAGGUACAAUUCCGAUAAGAAGAACAACGGAACAAGACAUGUUAAGAGCAAGUUCUGUCCAGAGAUUUGGUCGGAAAAUUAGUCCUGUUAGGAGAGAUUCCACAAGUAACGGACAUGAACAUGCGGUGGGAUAUGUAACCGGGAGAAACUAUUACGGAGCAAAAGCUAGUAUAAACGUGUGGUCGCCACGUGUCACCAGCCAAUACGAAUUUAGUCUUUCCCAAAUUUGGGUUAUCGCCGGUUCGUUCACUCACGAUCUUAAUACCAUCGAAGCCGGUUGGCAAAUUAGUCCGGAGCUGUAUGGUGACACUUACCCAAGAUUCUUCACGUAUUGGACGUCCGAUGCAUACCGAACAACGGGUUGCUACAAUUUGUUGUGUUCCGGUUUCGUUCAAACCAACAGACGAAUCGCGAUCGGAGCUGCCAUUUCUCCAAGAUCUUCGUAUAGAGGUGGACAAUUCGAUAUCAGCUUAUUAAUCUGGAAGGAUCCGAAGCACGGUCACUGGUGGCUACAAUUCGGGUCGGGUGCAUUAGUCGGGUAUUGGCCUGCGACUCUAUUCACACAUCUAAGGCAACAUGGGAGCAUGGUUCAAUUCGGCGGCGAGAUUGUGAACACUAGACCCCGUGGUUCACACACUACGACACAAAUGGGCAGUGGCCAUUUCGCCGGUGAAGGUUUUGGUAAAGCAUCUUAUUUCCGAAAUCUACAAAUAGUUGAUUGGGACAAUACUCUUAUUCCGGCUUCGAAUCUAAAGAUUCUUGCUGAUCAUCCUAAUUGUUAUGAUAUAAGAGGUGGGACGAAUCGUGUGUGGGGUAACUAUUUUUAUUAUGGAGGUCCAGGUAAAAACCCUAGAUGUCCAUGA